AUGGCGUUUCCCGUUUGUGGAGACCAGCCUGGGACUUCGUGCUAUGGGGUGGUGCACGCAGAUACUAGCGAAAUUGGAGACGGCAUCCAUGCUGGUGGCAGAAGUCAGCGAUGGAUCUGGUCGGGCGACGAUGAAAUUGAUGAGCGGAUCGUUCGUCCCGUGACAGAGGUACCGGCGCCGUGGCUGUAUGGAUCCCACAUCCAUUUUCUCAUUUUCCCAAUGCUCGAAUCAACAGAGGCCGUAGAGGAGGGGGUACGAGAAGGCUGGAGGAUGCGAGGUGUUCGCGGCCCCAUUCAAGAGCAUUCGAUGACGUCAUAUUCAUUAGCUUUCGGCGUGGCGUUCAAGAGGGCAGCCGCGGUGGAAAGAAACGGACGAUCGCGGUCAAUCAUUUCCUUCGAUGAGAUUCCAAAACCCCCUCACCUGGGGGGUGGGCAGCAGGAGAGCUCCUUUGUGGUGUGUGCUUUUGGAUAA